AAAUUUAAUUUAAUUAUCCCCAAUACUCUUUUAUAUCUUCCAUUUCCUAAAAUACCUUUAUUAAUUUCAUAAUCAAAAAAUUCGAAUUUAAAAAAUAACCAUCACUUUACUCCAUUUAUUUAUGUCCUGUUGAUAGAGCCAUGCAAUAUCGCGGUUAGAGCGCGACAUCAGCACAAAUAUUGUUCCAGUCUGAUAGAUUUUUACUUAAGACGAAGAAUAAUCCUUUAAAAAAAUUUACAAAUGAAAUAUUAUGCUAUUCAUUGAUUCCUCUUCGGGCUUCCUUAGCUACCAUUUCAUAUUAAGAGGAAAAUAUAAAAAUUAAGUCUUGCACUCAGUUUUCCAUUUCCAUAUUGAUCUUUUCAUUGCUCACAUUGCAAGCGAUAUCAUGUUUCUAAAUGAGGUUGCCAUAUAGAGCCUAACUGAUGUAUAUAAGAAGUUUGACCACCUUACUCCUAAUGAUAUUUAUUACAGCAAGUUGUGGUCAUCAAUGGACUCACACAUUUUUGCAUAUACAAGGAAAUGCCUUUCCAGUUCACGAUAUAGUGACGCCCGAGGAUUUAAAAAUUAUUCAGGAGACAAAAGAUACGCAUGUAAAUUUGAAAUUAUACCCCUCGGAUAACGUAUUGAGCCCUGAUUUUUACAUAGAAGAUAGGAAUGGGGAAAAAAUCGAGUAUUCCAACCCUGAAAAUUUUAAAUUUUAUAGAGGAUACUACGAGAACCAUCCAGUGGGUUUUUUUGUAAAGGACAUAAAGAAGGAUACGCUGCAAGGCAUGAUGGAAAUUGACGAUCAGCCAUUCAAGAUUGAAAGUCAUUCUAUUCUAACAGACUUAACUAACAGCAGGUUGCACCGCUUAAUAGCUCUAAAAAAGGAUAUAAUUGCAAAUGUUAAAGAUUAUAUCAACGUGGGCCAUACUACAAAUCACAAUUACUCUCGUAAAGUAGCGAAACAAUCAACCUAUUAUAUUGAAGGGUCAUUUUAUAAAGAUUUGCGUUUUCCUCUUUCCGUGACUGAUCAUGAAUUAAUGAUAUAUGCCAGUCAGGUUGACUUUAUUUUAAGAGAACCUACGAUUCAAAAGAAAAUAUAUUUCGUACUAAAGUCUAUAAAAAAUUACAAUGGUACUCCAAUAUAUGCUAAUCAUCAAAUAGGGACGUUUUGUGAUGAGACAAAGAACAGUAGAGUUCAAAAUCAAGAAGAUGUAUCGUUCUUAAUAUCAUCGAGCUGGGCAGGUCAAUAUCGUGUCCUCGGUUAUGCUAAUUUGGAAGCUAUAUGUAAGGUUGAAGUAAGUUGUAGUUUAAUUUCACCAACUUCAACAGAUACAGGUAUAACUAUAGCGCACGAGCUAGGCCAUCUAUUAGGAUGUAAACAUGAUAUGGAUAAUGCGUGCAACUCAUUAUCUGUUGCUGGUAUAAUGCAUUAUGAGACGAAAUUACCAAGAAAUCAAAUAUGGUCUACCUGUAGUGCUAGAGAAAUCGACACAUAUUUUUCAAAAGGUAAUGUAAGUUGUCUAGAGAAUGGCGAACGAUAUAAGGCAACCGCAAUCCCCUUGCAUAAUAUAGAUUUUCAAAAAAUGUGUUCCACUUUUGGUGCUAACAUUAGAUAUGAAAUUCAAAAGAGUACUUGCGCCACCAUAACAUGCCUAGGUCAAGGUUACUCUUAUGAAAUUCCCCAAUUUAUAAAUGGAUUACCAUGCAAUGAUGAUAAUACAUUAUCAAAUACGGAAACGAAUUCGGCAUGCAAUAAAGGAAGGUGCACGUCUAAAUCUGACUUUAACAACGACCAAAAAACUCCUGAUAUUGUUACAUGCUGGGAUAAGGCAGAUUAUUCGUAUUGCAACCAGGUUGUAUCUAGGAAAUUAUGUUUAGAACGUGAUCUUGGGUCAUUUUGUGCCAAAUCCUGUAAUCAAUGCGGGUGAUAUUAAAUAUGCCAUUAAUCAUUAUAAGAAAAAAAUGAUUUUAAAUUCAAAAAAUUUUUAUAAUAUAUAUUAAUU